AUGGCCGCGUCGUCGGUGGGCAGCAGCCGCCUGCCGCUCAGUGCCUCGCUCGCCUUCUCCGACCUCACCGAGGAGAUGCUGGACUGCGGGCCCGGCGGCUUAGUGCGCGAGCUGGAGGAGCUGCGUUCCGAAAACGACUAUCUCAAGGAUGAGAUUGAAGAGCUGCGGGCCGAGAUGCUGGAGAUGCGGGAUGUCUACAUGGAGGAAGAUGUGUAUCAGCUGCAGGAGCUGCGGCAGCAGCUGGACCAGGCCAGCAAGACCUGCCGCAUCCUGCAGUACCGGCUGCGCAAAGCCGAGCGCCGCAGCCUCCGUGCAGCCCAGACAGGCCAGGUGGACGGCGAGCUCAUCCGAGGUCUGGAGCAGGAUGUCAAGGUCUCAAAGGACAUCUCCAUGCGGCUGCAUAAGGAGCUCGAGGUGGUAGAGAAGAAGCGGGCACGGCUGGAGGAGGAGAACGAGGAGCUUCGGCAGCGGCUCAUCGAGACCGAGCUGGCUAAGCAGGUGCUGCAGACAGAGCUGGAGCGGCCGCGAGAGCAUUCCUUGAAGAAAAGAGGAACCCGCUCCCUGGGGAAGACAGACAAGAAGGCUUCGAUGCAGGAGGACAGUGCAGACCUGAAAUGCCAGCUGCACUUUGCAAAGGAGGAGUCAGCCCUCAUGUGCAAGAAGCUCACCAAGCUCGCCAAGGAGAACGACAGCAUGAAGGAGGAGCUGCUUAAGUACCGCUCGCUCUAUGGGGACCUGGAUGGUGCCCUGUCGGCCGAGGAGCUGGCCGAUGCACCCCACUCACGGGAGACUGAGCUGAAGGUGCACCUGAAGCUGGUGGAGGAGGAAGCCAACCUGCUGAGCCGCCGCAUUGUGGAGCUGGAGGUGGAGAACCGAGGUCUGCGGGCCGAGAUGGAUGACAUGAAGGAUCAUGGCGGCGGCUGUGGGGGGCCCGAAGCGCGGCUGGCCUUCUCUGCGCUGGGCGGCAGCGAGUGCGGGGAGAGCCUGGCCGAGCUGCGGCGACAUCUGCAGUUCGUGGAAGAGGAGGCGGAGCUGCUGCGGCGCUCCUCGGCUGAGCUGGAGGACCAGAACAAGCUGCUGCUGAGCGAGCUGGCCAAGUACCGCUCGGAGCACGAGCUGGACGUGACGCUGUCGGAGGACAGCUGCUCUGUGCUCAGCGAGCCCUCACAGGAGGAGCUGGCGGCCGCCAAACUGCAGAUCGGCGAGCUCAGUGGCAAGGUCAAGAAGCUCCAGUAUGAGAACCGCGUGCUGCUCUCCAACCUCCAGCGCUGUGACCUCGCCUCCUGCCAGAGCACGCGGCCAAUGCUGGAGACGGACGCUGAGGCCGGGGACUCUGCCCAGUGCGUGCCCGCUCCCCCUGGCGAGGCCCAUGAGCCUCAUGCGGCCCGGCUCUGCAGGGCCAGGGAGGCCGAGGCACUGCCUAGCCUGAGGGAGCAGGCCACCCUGGUCAGCAAGGCCAUCGACGUCCUGGUGGCCGAUGCCAACGGCUUCUCAGCGGGCCUCCGGCUGUAUCUGGACAAUGAGUGUGCUGACUUUCGGCUGCAUGAAGCCCCUGACAACAGCGAAAGCCCCAGGGACACCAAGCUCAUCCAUGCCAUCCUGGUGCGGCUGAGCGUGCUGCAGCAGGAACUCAACGCCUUCACGCGAAAGGCAGACUCAGUCCUCGGCAGCUCUGCCAAGGAGCAGCCCGAGCCCUUCUCAUCGCUGCCCGCCUUGGGCUCCCAGGGGCCCUCCAAGGAGAUUCUUCUGACCAAAGACCUAGGCACAGACUUCCAGCCACCUGACUUCAGGGACUUGCCGGAAUGGGAACCCAGGAUCCGAGAGUCCUUCCGCACUGGCGACUUGGACUCCAAGCUUGAUCCCAGCCGCAGCUUCAGGCCUUACCGAACUGAAGACAAUGAUUCCUACGCCUCUGAGAUCAAGGAGCUGCAGCUGGUCCUGGCUGAGGCCCAUGACAGCCUCCGGGGCUUGCAAGAGCAGCUGUCCCAGGAGCGGCAGCUACGAAAGGAGGAGGCUGACAACUUCAACCAGAAAAUGGUCCAGCUGAAGGAGGACCAGCAGAGGGCGCUCCUGAGGCGGGAGUUUGAGCUGCAGAGUCUGAGUCUGCAGCGGAGGCUGGAGCAGAAGUUCUGGAGCCAAGAGAAGAAUAUGCUGGUGCAGGAGUCCCAGCAGUUCAAGCACAACUUCCUGCUGCUCUUCAUGAAGCUCAGGUGGUUCCUCAAGCGCUGGCGACAGGGCAAGGUUUCGCCCAGUGAGGGGGAUGACUUUCUUGAGGUAAAUAGCAUGAAGGAGCUGUACCUGCUGAUGGAGGAAGAGGAAAUAAAUGCACAGCAUUCUGAUAACAAGGCCUACAUGGGGGAUAGCUGGACCCAGAACACGCCCAAUGAGUACAUCAAGACACUGGCCGACAUGAAGGUGACACUGAAGGAGCUAUGCUGGCUGCUCCGGGAUGAACGCCGUGGUCUGACUGAGCUUCAGCAACAGUUUGCCAAGGCCAAGGCCACCUGGGAGACGGAGCGGGCAGAGCUAAAGAGCCAUGCCACCCAGAUGGAGCUGAAGGCUGGGAAGGGGACCGGGGAACGGGCAGGGCCUGACUGGAAGGCAGCCCUCCAGAGGGAGCGUGAGGAGCAGCAGCACCUCCUGGCUGAGUCCUACGGUGCCGUCAUGGAGCUGACACGGCAGCUGCAGAUCAGUGAGCGCAACUGGAGCCAGGAGAAGCUGCAGCUGGUGGAGCGGCUGCAGGGCGAGAAGCAGCAGGUAGAGCAGCAGAUGAAGGAGCUGCAGAACCGCCUGAGCCAGCUGCAGAAAGCUGCCGACCCGUGGGUCCUGAAGCACUCGGACCUGGAGAAGCAGGACAACAGCUGGAAAGAGACACGCAGUGAGAAGAUCCAUGAUAAGGAGGCUGUUUCCGAAGCUGAACUUGGGGCAACAGGCUUAAAGAGGACCAAAUCUGUUUCCUCAAUGUCUGAGUUUGAAAGUUUGCUUGACUGUUCCCCUUACCUUGCUGGCGGAGAUGCCCGGGGCAAGAAGCUGCCCACCAAUCCUGCCUUUGCCUUUGUGAGUACUGAGCCGGUGGAUCCAGAGAAAGAUGCCAAGGAACAGCCCGGGCUCUCGCCAAGGGACUGCAACCACCUGGGUGCCCUGGCCUGCCAGGACCCCGCGGGUAGGCAGAUGCAGCGCAGCUACACAGCUCCCGACAAGACGGGCAUCCGCGUCUACUACAGCCCCCCGGUGGCCCGGCGCCUGGGCGUCCCUGUGGUCCAUGAUAAGGAGGGCAAGAUCAUCAUUGAGCCCGGCUUCCUCUUUACCACAGCCAAGCCCAAAGAGUCGGCCGAGGCUGACGGGCUGGCCGAGAGCUCCUAUGGCCGCUGGCUCUGCAACUUUUCACGGCAGCGCCUGGAUGGAGGCUCAGGGGGCAGCCCCUCGGUGGCUGGGCCUGGCUUCCCAGCGGCCCUGCGUGACUUUGAGAUGUCGGGUAACAUGAGCGAUGACAUGAAGGAGAUCACCAACUGCGUGCGCCAGGCCAUGCGUUCGGGCUCACUGGAGAGGAAGGUGAAGAGCACGUCCAGCCAGACAGUGGGCCUGGCCAGCGUGGGCACACAGACCAUCCGCACGGUCAGCGUGGGCCUGCAAACCGACCCACCCCGUAGCAGCCUCCACGGCAAGAGCUGGUCACCCCGCAGCUCCUCGCUUGUGUCCAUGCGCAGCAAGCAGAUCUCCUCCUCCCUGGACAAAGUCCACUCGCGCAUCGAGCGGCCCUGCUGCUCGCCCAAGUAUGGCUCGCCAAAGCUCCAGAGGCGGUCUGUGUCCAAGCUGGACAGCACCAAGGACCGCAGCCUGUGGAACCUGCACCAGGGCAAGCAGAACGGCUCGGCCUGGGCCCGCUCCACCACCACGCGGGACAGCCCUGUACUGAGGAACAUCAACGAUGGGCUCUCCAGCCUCUUCAGUGUGGUGGAGCACUCAGGGAGCACCGAAUCUGUCUGGAAACUGGGCAUGUCCGAGGCCCGGGCCAAGCCUGAGCCCCCCAAGUACGGCAUUGUGCAAGAGUUCUUCCGUAAUGUGUGUGGCCGGGCACCAAGCCCUACCUCGGUGGCAGGGGAGGAGGGCACCAAGAAGCCAGAGCCCCUCUCCCCAGCCAGCUACCAUCAGCCAGAGGGUAUGGCCAGGAUCCUGAACAAGAAGGCAGCCAAGUCAGGCUGCAGUGACGAGGCCAGACCCACCAUGCUCCCCCAGAUGGGGAAAGAUGGUGUCCCCAGGGAUGCAGAUGGAGCCACUGUCCUUUCCAAUGAGGAUGCCGUUUGUGACUGUAGCACCCAGUCUCUCACCUCCUGCUUCGCCCGGUCGUCCCGCUCUGCCAUCCGCCACUCUCCUUCCAAGUGCAGGCUGCACCCUUCAGAGUCUGGCUGGUGUGGGGAGGAGAGGGCAGUGCCCCCCAGCGAGUGACAGAGCAGCCAAGUUCCUGCUUCAACCAGCCCCGUCCCUGGAUAGCAGAAGGGAACCAGCGGAGACAGGCCAGCACUGCCUUGCCCUGGAGGGACAGCAGCUACACCACUGCCACAGAACAGCUUUCGUGUCAAGGUAAAGCAGGAUCUCCUGCUGACCGCUGGAUGGUGAUCUCCACCUUGCCAGGGGAAAGCAGUGAGUGGGAGAAAGAUCAAAACUGGGCUUCAGAAGUAAUGGAGAGAUGCAUCAGGAGCCGAUCCCUGGGUCCUGAGGAAGAGCCUUGUCUGGUUCUACCCAUGUCCACUUCAUGGAAGAGCCCAGAAGGGAUACUUCUGGUCAUGCCCUCGGAGAAGAGGGCUUCCAGAGAUGUUCUCUCCUGACCACACACUCUCCCUGAGGAGGAGAAACUGCUCAGAAGAACAGGCUUUGCUCUAAGUUUCAACUCGGGGUUCCUGGUGAGCUGGGCUGGGCAUUAUCACCAUCAUUUUCUUCCCUCCUCCACCUCCUGCUCCCAGCCUGUUGCUCUCGAUUGCUGGGAUUCUAGGGGGUAUGAUAGGGCAGUAGCCAGGGCUAAGGACCUGCAUGGAAUCCUGGAGCCCUGGAUCUCCCUGCCCAUAUCCUGGAUGCAGCGAGAACUAGGAGACGAGGUGGGAAAGCAUAGGGCUUAGGGAUGGGCAGCCAUUACCCCCCUUGCCCAGUGACUUGGGGCCCCUAGCCUUCCCAGGUGACUCCUUGAGGACAGAAAGAGGUAGAAUCAGUCUCAAGAUCUGGUGCAUAGAUCAAUGCCUAAAUCCCCACUGCCUUGAUCUCUGGGGACUCUUUCCCUGGCACCCCAGAGGGGCCACAUCUCCACUGUGUUUACAUCCUGCAGCUGGUGGAGGGCAAAGAUAUUCCCAAUAAGAAACUCCCAGCUGGCCACAUCAGCCCAAGGAGAACUCUAAGAGGCCAGUGCCCCAGGACACAGCGGAAGACGGGCCUGGAAACAUGUUUCUUGCCUAGAUUGUUUAUUUGAAUUUUUCUUAUUAUAAAUAUUUAAGGUGGUUUACUUUAUUUUAAUAAUUUAAUUUACCCCAAAGUCCCUAAGGUAAUUUAUUGGAGGUUGAAACAUGUAUUCUUGCCACUGGGAUAAUGUGGGGCUUCUUAUACCAGGGACAGGCGUGGGGGUCCCGUCCCCCCCACUGUGGAUGAGACAGCUCAGCAGCUGGGUUUGGAGCCCAAGCUCUCCUGAUCAUUUUUGAGGCCCCUCAACACAGCUGGAGCCCUGCAGCUUGCUUGGCCUCUGAGCACUACUUUUUAUUCCACACGUAGUACUUUCCCAGUCCCCAGCAGUCAGUCUACAGAUGCUACUGACAGGUAGAGGGCUGGGCAGACAUCACCACUCCCCAGACAUUCUCCAUUUUCCCGAGUGCGCCAUGGGCUUGGCCCGACAUUCUCUAUUUUCCUUCUCAUUCCCCCCCCCACCCCACCCCCACAUCUUUUUUUAUGAGUCAGACAUGGAUUACCAAGUCUCCAUCAAGAGCAUGGAGAUCCCUCCACAUUGCCCAAGUGAGAACUCGCAGGAAAACAGGACCGAACUUUGGGAAUGUUGUUUACUGCAGCUUUGCACAUGCAUCUGAGAGUGUCUGCCAGCCUGCCUCAGCUCUCACCAGCCUGCCAGCCUUUUCACCAGCCUCUCUCCUUAGCCUUAUGCCCUCUCAUUCUCUUCUCCCAGCUCCGCCUCCACUGCCAGCCCUCCCCAGUGUCCCAUGUGAGCUCCCUGAGCCAUCGGUUGGAUUUCAGUGCAGCUGAUUGCAGUGUGGUGAGGAGGGCCUCACAGGGCCUCCCCCUUGGUGCCAAUGAGUCCAUCUGAGUUGCACAUGUGCCUGCACACACACAAAUGUGCAGCCCUCCUGUAAGUGGCUGGGGAUCCAGAGUGGAAACACCGGGAUGGAUCGGCUUGUCUGCGGAAUUCCCCAUCAGAAAGGCCCAAAGCCAGCAGCUUUGCUAGUUUUCCGCCAGGACUCAGGAGAUGCCUGUACACUUCCACUUCCCCCCAGCAGUUCCCAAUCCCACCCUUUCAGGUUCACCUGGACCAGUUACCCCAAGUCCGUCAUCUCCAUUCCCUAUUGGCAGAACAUCAGGGUCAUGUCAGUCCUACCAGCCCCUUCCUUAUGCCGUAGUGACUUGCUUGGGUACUGCAGGCUGGCCAGUGGGCCAGUUCCCCUCUGGGAUGUCACUGUUCCCACCCAAGAGGUCAGGGGGCCCCUCCAAGCUUAUCUUCAAGUGAGGGGAUUCACACCAGGCCACAAGCCACCAGAGGCCUUCUGCCACCUCCCAGAGCUACAGAGGACCAGGGAGGCAGAGCUCCCAGCCUUGGGGGAAAAUCCCCAUGUGACCUGAACCCUGUGGCCUGUGGACCCCUCAGCCUUAACAUCAUCCUCAUCCGAGACUGUCCUUGCCACCUUCGCUCUCUCAGCACCCAGCCUGCCUGGCCCCCAGCCAGAUGCUGGUCUUCAGUAGAGCCCCAGUUUUUGCUUCCUGCACGCCACUGUGCAAGGCCUCUCAUCACUGUUCCUGCAGAAGCCUCGGGAUGUGGGGCUGGAUGGGGUUGAAGAUGUUACGUGUAAAUAUUGAUUUGGUUUGAUUUUUAGCAUUUUACUUGGUAACUGGCUGUGUUUUCUUUUUGAGGGGGUGGGGGAUUAGUUUGUAAAAACUCUCUCUUUUGGAAUGUAAUUUCUAAGUUUGUUUUUUUUCUUCAAAUGCCUUUUAAGUCUUGGUAACAUUCCCAAAGCAUAAAACUGCCUGACCCACAGUGGGGAUUCCCCUGGAGGUUGGGGUCCCAAGAAGAAAUGCUCUCUUUCUUCCCUUUCUUCCCCUUCCUGCCACCCUCCACCUUUUACUCCCAGCCCCUUCCUUCUCUUCCUCCUCUAGCUUCUUUCUCUUUCCCCAUCUCCACUCUUUCUUCAACCAAAGUCCCAAGGAACCCUGGGGUCUCAAUCCCCUCCAAGAGUGCUUGGCUUAGGUCCAUGGGGUUGGCAUCAGUUGGUUGGGGGGAAAUGGGGGACUGGUUGGCAUGAUUGACCCUAAACUGGGCAACCUCAUGUUUCUUAUGUCUGACCUCUUUCCAGAGCCAAAUUAGAUCCUCCCUGGGGCAAAGGUGACUGUAUUUGAAAUGAAAAUCAAACCACUUUGGUGCAUCAGUGGCUCUGAGGCCUGCAUGCACAAGGCAUCAGAAUCUAAUUCCCUGUCUCCCUGCCAGCCCUCACGCUCUUUUUCUUUCCCCACCAAAGGCUGAUCUUCAAGAGGUCUUGCUUUCUAUGAACUCGAAAGGGGGCUUCACCCCUUGGUCUCACCAGGGAUACUCUUCUCCCAGCUGCUCCCAGAUGACCAGGUCAAGGGCCCAAAGACUUGACCCUCUUACACCCUGACACCAACAUGGCUCCAUCAUGCCUGCACCUUUCAUGGUUUUAUCACCCACCCUC